AUAAUGUAGCUGCUGGGAAAUAUUAUAAAGUAUGGAAUGAUAAAAGAGAUACAAAUGCUCAACAGAAAAAUGUUGAAAAAAUUGUUAUCCCAGAAAUAUAUAAAGGACUAACGCAUAAUUAUAUGAACGAUAUAGCAAUAUUGGUUAUGGAUAAAUCAUUUGUUUUCAAUAACUUUGUAAGGCCAGUUUGUGUGGAUUGGACUUCUGAACUUCAUAAACAAGCUUUUAAAAGUGAAUCGACAGGAUAUAUAUCUGGCUGGGGUGUACAGGAGGAACCAGAUGGUAAUCUAGGUGAAACUAUUCUUUUUGGUGAUUUAAAUGCAGAAUUGAAACAUUUUCAAUUACCAUUUGUGCCAUCUGAUACAUGUUUAAAAGAGGUUCCUGUCGAUUUUAAACCAAUUGUUAAUCAGUCUGACAAAAUUUGUGCAGGAACCGAUGGUUACAAAUUAUGCGAAAUUGAUGGUGGUGCAGGUUUAACAUUUGAAUUGGAUGGAUCGUUUUAUUUAAUGGGUGUUGCCAGUGUUGGACCCAUUAAUUGUAACACUGUUAAAUACACCACAUUUACAAAUGUGUCAUCUCAUGAACAAUGGGUUAAAAACAUCUACCAAACUACCGAUCUAACAAAUUCAACACAAGAUUAA